UAAAACCACUUUUCGCCAUUGUCAAUCCAUAAAUUUCUCUUAAAUUACCAUUUAUAUUACACACUUCCACCAGGAAAACCCAUAUCUUAUCACUUUCUCUCAUUCUCUCUAAACCGCUCAAAAAGAAAUGGGCAAUGAAGAAGAAGGGGAGGAGUACUUGUUCAAGAUAGUGAUAAUUGGGGACUCAGCAGUUGGCAAAUCCAACUUACUCUCACGCUUUGCCAGAGAUGAGUUCGACAAGAACUCAAAGGCCACCAUUGGAGUCGAAUUUCAGACCCAGGCCAUAGAAAUCGACGGCAAGGAGGUCAAGGCCCAGGUCUGGGACACCGCCGGCCAGGAGCGCUUCAGAGCCGUCACUUCCGCCUACUACAGAGGCGCCGUUGGGGCACUCAUCGUCUACGAUAUCAGUCGCCGGACCACUUUCGACAGCAUUAAACGGUGGCUCGAUGAGCUCGAUACUCAUUCUGACACAACAGUAGCAAGAAUGCUGGUAGGAAACAAGUGUGAUUUGGAGAAUAUUAGAGAAGUUAGCAUGGAGGAAGGCAAGAGCCUUGCAGAAGCAGAAGGAUUAUUCUUCAUGGAGACAUCUGCCCUGGAUUCAACUAAUGUUAAUGCAGCUUUUGAGAUUGUUAUCCGUGAGAUAUACAACAAUGUUAGCAGGAAAAUACUUAACUCCGAUUCCUACAAGGCCGAAUUAUCUGUCAAUCGAGUAACCCUGGUUAAAAAUGGAGCCGACUCAUCAAAGCAGAGCACUCUCCCUUGUUGUUCCAGAUGAUCUCUUUGCAUUAUCUAUGAUUUUGUUCCUUCUGUGUCUCAAGGUAAUCACCAGCUCAGUGCCUCAUUAUGUGGCGAAGUGAAUUGGUUGAUUUUGUUGUUUUUCCUCAGAAAUUUAGCAUUGGGGGAUUGAACUGUGAAAACAAGAGAUUUUCUAUUAUUUUAAAUGAAUAUUAAUGUUACAUUGAGAUUAUCAUGGAUUACUGGAUAAUUUAUGAUAAUAUUUUUAGCA